CCAGGUUUUUCAAGAGUUUUCCUUUAUCCAGAUAAACAAAGCCUUGCAAAAGAGCGGAAAUCUCCUGACGAACAUUCCAACAGUAAAAUGCCUUUAUACUAGUAGAAGAGUCUCGUGAGUAACUCAAUCUGUUUUCCACGAAAUUUGCCCUAUUCAAAUAAACUGUGCCUUUAUAUUAAUACAGGAAAUCCCGUGACUAAGUUACCUUGUUUUCCACCAGGAUUUCUUCAUUCAAGCAAAUCUUGUGACUAACUCAACUCAGUGUUGUUUUCCACGAGACUCCCUGACUCAAAUAAGUUUAUGCUAAGAUAUCGUGUGACUAACUUGCUUGGCUUUCAGUAAGAUCUUCUUUAUUCAUGUAAACACUACGAUUCUACUAGAAGAGAAAAUCUUGAGGACUGCUCGCUUGUCGACGCGACUUCCUUCGAGUCAUAUCGCAGAGUGAUUACAGCUAUAUCUGACAAGUAGUUGCUGAAUCUCAGCAAGCAUAAAACUUGAGCAAGAGAGAAUAUGGAUACUACAACGUCAGCAACGUCAAAUGCGACUCAAACACCUAACAACAAUGGAUUAGUCCCCAGACUCCAGCUGAACGAUCCGACAUUCGUAGCAUACAUUGCUGUGAUGACCGUCAUACUAGCAGUUGGUUUUGUAGGCAAUGUUCUCACUAUAGCUGUUUUACGAUGUCGAGAACACAGAAAUAAAAGCAUUUCUCCCCUCAUGAUCAACCUAGCGGUCGCUGACAUCAUCAUCAUCGUCUUUGGCUAUCCAGUGGUUGUCGCCGCAAACGUUUCCUCGGGACUCCUGAUUCAUAGCACUUGUGUGUGGUCCGGCUUCGUCAACGGAGCGGUUGGAAUCGCGUCCAUUGCUAACUUGACAAUGAUGAGCCUUGUGAUGUACUCUUCCUUUCAGAGUCUCAACUGCACGACAAAAAUUCCCGGAACUAAAAUGGCAGCAAUGAUCGCCUUCACGUGGCUGUACGGAAUACUGGCCAUGUUUCCACCGUUAGUUGGCUGGAACGAGUUCGUCCCAGGCGCUUCUGGGAUCAGUUGUUGUCCGAACUGGGUGCCCGAAACAAAGGCUGGAGUGGCUUACAACGCGUUGUUGGUUUUUGUCGGCUUUGUUCUCCCGCUGAGUGUCAUUAUAUAUUGUUACUACCGAAUUUAUAGCUUUAUUCGUACACAGCAGCCCUUAUCGGAAAAUGUUUCAAUUCGGAACACCAGGCGAAAACACCAAAUCAAGCUCGUACGCAUGAUUGCCAUGGCGAUUGCUGCUUUCGUCUUGAGCUGGUCCCCAUACUGCUUUGUGAGCAUCAUCGCUACCAUCCGGGGUACUAAUAUGCUGACCCCUGGCGAGGCAGAAAUCCCGGAUUUACUAGCCAAGGCUUCAGUCAUCUACAACCCCAUCGUGUACACUGCAAUGAAUGACAAGUUUCGUGCAUCUUUACCGCAUGUUAUCCCUUGCUAUAGAUACUGCUCAAGGGAUUAUCGCUCCUCGGUAAUCAGCCGCUCAAAUUCAAGGUCUCGUGAAUAUGAAGCAAAUACUAACACUCUCGAGCGGAAAAGGCAUUCCCAAUGCAAAACACAGCCGUGAUGCAGAGACUUCUUAAAAUGCCAAAAAGUUAAAAAAAACACACUCCAGAUAAUUUCAAGAGUUGUUUCCUUAGAGAAGCAUUUUCUUAUCCUUUGCGCUUUUGCAGUGUAGGCUUUGUGGUAGGUGUGCCACCCUCCAUGGCUUCCAGUAGGUAGAAAUUCAUCCUCAGCAGUAAAACACUGCGCUAGCAGACAUAAUUAGUAGAGAACUUGCGAUUAAGAACAACUAGCGAUGGAUCUUUGUUUAUACCUCAGUUUAUUCGAUUGAACUGAAAAUUAG